AUGUUGGCAUUGGCUUUCCGGCACCAUUUUUGCUCUGCGCAAAAGCGUUUUUUCUCAACUGCAAGCCACAUACCUUCCUACAAAAUAGCAAUAGUUGGUUCGGGACCAGCAGCGUUUUAUACUGCUCAUCACUUGCUAAAUCGAAGUUCACCGGAACACGAUUUCCGACUUAAUAUCGACUUUUUUGAACGGCUUCCGGCUCCCUAUGGUUUGAGCCGGUAUGGGGUGGCUCCGGACCACCCCGAGGUCAAGAAUUGUGAGGAAUAUCUCGACGAUAUUAUGCAAAAGUUUCAGAAUCAUGACAAACAUAAUGUCCGAUUUUUCGGAAAUGUUGAUGUUGGAAACGAUGUUUCUCUCCAAGAUUUGGACAAAAGCUACCACUCGGUGGUGCUCGCAUACGGAUGUACUACGGCGGAUAACUCGCUAAAUAUACCUGGCGAAAAUUUACCUGGAGUAAUUUCUGCUCGCCAGUUUGUCAACUGGUAUAAUGGGUUUCCCGAUAAGUACUUUGGAGGCUUUGUAGCUCCACCUUUGCACAAGAUCAACGAUGUGACCAUCAUUGGCAACGGCAAUGUCGCGUUAGAUGUGGCCAGAGUGUUGUUGGCGGACCCAGAAACCCACUGGACACCCACCGAUAUGCUGCAAAAUGCUGUUGAGAUUCUCAAACAAAGCGCCGUGAAAAAUGUAAAUAUCGUGGCCAGGAGAGGCAUUCUCGAGUCAGCGUUCAGCAACAAGGAAAUUCGGGAGCUUUUCGAGGUCGCCAAAGCAAAUAAUGUCAAAUUCAUCACCCUCGCACCUGAGCUCAUGGACGGUAUCGACCCCAAAUCUUUGGGAAGAGUCGAUAAACGAAGACUAGAUAUCUUGAACAAGUUCUCCAAGCAAGAGGUUGUGGGCGACAGAACGUGGUCUCUCAAAUAUUUGAUGUCGCCCAAGGAAAUUGUUCCUAGUGAAACCGAUCCCGAGCUACUUUCUGGAGUCAAGUUUGCUCAAAACAAGUUGGAAAAGGACUCUCUCACACAUAAGACUUCAAUUAAAGAGUCGGGAGAGCCCCCAGUCUUCUUGAAGACGGAUCUUCUUCUUCUUUCCAUCGGCUACAAAGGCUCACCGUUACGAGGAUUUGAAGACAUCGGCAUUUUUUUCGACAAAAAACAGAAUAGAAUUCUCAAUAGAAGAGGUCGAGUCUUGUCUACGGCAAGCUCUAGCGAGGAAACCCACCAGCCCGUCUACAAGAAAGGAUGGUACACAUCUGGGUGGAUCAAAAAUGGACCCCAGGGCGUAAUUGCAACAACCAUGAUGGACUCAUUCGACACCGCCGAUACUAUCUUGGAGGACUUGUCCAAUCACGUUUAUUCUAGCUCGUCGCCCUUGUCGAUAGACGAGAAGCUUGAGAAGUUGGACUAUGUAAAUUGGAAUAGCUGGAUGAAGCUUAAUCAGAAAGAAGUUGACGAGGGAAAACUUUUGGGAAAGUCAAGAGUAAAGUACUCCAAAGUGAAGGAGAUGCUAGCUAUUGCCCAUCAGCACACCCUGGAACAGUGA